GCAUGUAAACAAGUUUCUUUUAUUUAUAAACUCUUGCAUACCAUUCGAAAAAUGAAAGUGAAAAGAUAUAAUUUUAAUAUAAGUUAGUUUACAACCUUGAUUUUGCUCUGUGCACAUCAAAAACUCUAAGAGGCAGCAGUUUUUAUUUUGAUUUGUUUCGUGUCUUUUUUCCUGUGAAAUUGUCAAAAUGAAAUCAAAAACCUUAAGUGCCACGUUCAUCAUAUUGAUUUAUGUCUGUGUGGUAGAUGUGACUUCAGCUCAACGACACAGAUCAAGAACGAGAGGUACUACCACACCGGAACCAGUACCUGAUCUUGAGUUGACUCUAGCAGACCGAGAAGCAGCUUUACAAAAACGAGAAGAAAAUCAAAUGGAGAGGGAGGAAAAUUUUAGGCAUAGAGAAGCAACGUUAGCUAUGCGGGAAGCGGCUUUUCGUGAAAGAGAAGAGAAGCUAUCAGUUAGAGAGCAAAAUAUCGCCAUUCGCGAACAAAAUACUUUAAAAGGCAGCUGUUCGAAUAAAUUAGAAGACACAACACCUCCACCAGAUUACACAGCUGUUCGAUUCGACGAAACAUCACAAACCUAUCUAGAAAUUGGUAGCACCAAAUAUUGUUCACAAAAUAUGAGGUUUUUCGCAGAUCCAUAUAAUGAGACGUCUGGAGCAUGUGACUGCGACUAUCAUGAAUGUGCGAGACCACUUUUAUACUCAGACAAAUACAAACAAUGUUUCUUUGCAUGGUCGCAGGGACCAUGUGAGCAGGGAGAAUGGUACACGUAUGACAACGACUACAAGCCCGUUUGUGAGAUGAAUCCAUGUCCGGCAUCAGAAGCCAUAGCAAUUUCGGAUUACUAUUUUCAAAGCGACGAAGAUGGCAAGUGUUAUAAAACCGGCUCGAGGGGUUACUGUAGUAAAAAGAAUGAGAGAUUAUUAACUGCACCCGGUGCACCGAUUCCUUCGUGUCGUAAACAGACAGUAUGUUAUCCGUUAACGAUACCUGCCACCCAGGAAUGUGUUCCAGGAAAUAGAAGACACUAUGAUGGUUUAUGUAUGGAUGAAUAAAUGGUGGUACAAUGAAAC